AUGGCUUCGAUUUCACUUCCUCCGCAGUCCCAGGCGGGCUUCUCGCCUCAUUUCGAUACCUCGAACCACUCCAACAAUCCCGAUCGCCACCAACACAUGCACGCACCAUUGCCUAAUCCCCCAUUCGUUUUUCCAGCACGGGACCCCGAUGCCCCCACCCAAUCAAACCCCCCUGAGCGCCGGGAACGAGCCGCAUUGCCCGCAUUCUCUUUUAAUCCCGGAUCGGAAGAGCAGUCCCCACACCUUUCAGCGCCCUGUUUAUCGAAUCCUCGCGCGGGUGGACACCGUCGGCGACCGAGUGAGUUUGUUGGAGACUUCUUGGUAACACCGGAAUCAGUUGGACCAGGUCACAGGCGGGCGGCUUCGAUGGCAGAUCAACAUAUUCCACCCCCAGGACCGGGGGUUGGUAGAGUUCCUGGACGACGGAACCAUGCCCAUCGCCGUUCGGCCGCCAUAUCUAAUGUCGACUUGAAUGCCAUCACCAAGGCACUUGGUCCUAAUUCUGGGACACCAAGUGCGCCUUUUACACCCGCCGAACCUAACCACCAAUCUCCAUCCGAUCUUCCUUCGCGACCGCUCUCUCAAUCCGCUAUUACUCUCGGCCGUCCCACGCCGCCUGCGUCUCCACAAUUCCCUCCCGUUCCUCCUGUACCUUCCAUUCCGGUUUCCAUUCAAGUGGAAAUGGCCUUGGACAACCAGAAUUCGAAUACUGAACGACCAGUCUCUACCGUUUCACAUGGUAUCUCCGAUAUUGCUACAACUAAGUCGCAACAGGUGGAGACGCCGACUCUCUCAGAUCAGGUAACGCCAAGACCCGAUUACGACCGAAAACCUCGACCAAAAACUGCGGAUGCCUCUUUUGUCAUGGAUUUUAUGCAGAUGGAUGACGACUCCGGAUCUAUCAAACGUUCGCACUCAGCCGCUGGGCACUCCCGCUCUCGAAAGAGCAAAUCAACACCGCAUCUCGAUUCUACCCUCUCGCCCGAUGAUAUUCAAUCCGCAGACCUCUACCGGCCUUCAUUUUCUGACACUGGUUCCGACACAUCUGGCGAUGAAGCAACCGAGCAUUCGUCCGACAACAAAUCCCCUGUCAAGUCGAAAAAGAAGAAGCAGAAACGGGUUCGCUCUUGGGCCGGUCACAUUCUGACUCGAUCCAAGAGCAAGGGUAAGGGUAAGCGCCAUCCAAAGGUUCACACAGAGGAGGAGCCGCCUGUACCUCGCGCUCCUGCACCUCGUCCACCUGCUCUUACUCGGACCGUCUCGGGCACUGGAUCGGUUUUAGAUGUUGAUUUUGAUAAUGACGUCGUUGUCAUCCGGACUCCGACCAAUCCAACGAUGCCUUCUUCUGCGCUUCAACCCAUUCAAAAUAAUGAUACCGAUGGUUGUUCUUUGCCUGCGCAAUCUCUAGAGAGCUCAUGGAAACCGAGGAGUUUCUAUGAACAGGAUGUUGGCUCCCACGACAAUGUACUAAGUAGCCCUGUCAUCGACCUCGAUGCUGCGCUUGGUCCUUUCAACACUCCAGAUAUGCGACAAACUACUCAGGGUGCGCCCAACAACAACUUCUCAGUUGCGACUCAGCGGAUGUACAGUGGCGGAAGACGAGGUGAAUUUGUCGGCCCAGAGAUGCGGUACCAUCGGCGCACAGAAAGUGCACCGGCGCUUCAACCAUUUGACCGCACUGCUCUCGGCGCAUUCCGUCUGGGUCCGACUCCGGCGGUCGAAACGCCCGAUGUAUUUGACGAGGAGGAAGAGGAUGCUUUCUUGGCUGCUUCCCAAUCGCCCAAGGGCGAGCGGCUUCCGGUGAACGCGUCACCGAUCGACAACGCAGUUUUCUCAUCAUCGGAGGACGAUUCGAAAUCUAUUCACAGCAACGCUACCUCUGGCAGUAGUGAUACUCUGACUCGUCCCCCCACCGGUAGCGUCUCCUCUCAGAAUGAUGGCUUAGGCAUUCGACAAGGCGAUAAACAUCUGAGCCAGGAACAACUGGAUGACAGAAGUGUCCUCGAGCAGGUACACAAUGCCAGCAAUCCUUUCGCCAGCAAGCCUCGAACCCCCGUGGAAAUUCUAAAGAUGGAAGAAUCUGGGCAUAAAUUGAUUGGACCCCCAAGUCCCGACAUUUCUCCUCGAUUCCUAGCUGUCGACAAGCGACCAGCAACCUCACCCAUGGAGUUGCUGCCUAGCAUUCCACCUUUCUCAUUACAACCAGGGAUUUCGCCGUCUGACUCAUCUUUCCCGUCUCCAGAUGCUUCGCGGUCAAUUGCGGCAUCCUCAACUGACCGGAACUUUUCCAGCCACUCAUAUCAUCAGCUUCCUUCGGCUGAACAUCCUUACGCAUCGGUUGAAGAUGUUCCAUCUUUGACCAGUAGUGCAUCUACCAUGACCAACACUUUGAAUCGUUUCUCGGCGGCUUCUUUCUUUCCCCGUGGGCGUCUUUCUGAUGACCGCGCAGCGUCAUUCUCAGCUUCCGGUACCCGACGCACCAGCCAGGCUAAUGCCUCAAAACGCUCUAGCCUAGCUAGCCUUUCCAAGCUGGUCGUCGGUCCCCAUUCGGAGCGGAGUAAGCUCAAUCAGGAGGAGAAACCCCCUAGCAACUCGUCCGACAAAACGAAGAAGAAGGGCCGCCGUCUCAGCCGAAUGAUGCACUUCUGGAAACCUAAGGACAAAGAAAAGUCAUCCAAUGAGGCGGCACCAGCAAACGAACGGUCGCAGUCAUAG